AUGGAUGCGGCAGAGGACAGGGAGGUUAAGCUCCAGCGCGCCUCUGGAGACCUCGUCCAAGAGUUUUCCGAGAAGCUACCGUCUCUCCUUUGGAAGACUCGACCCGAACAGCCAAACACCCGCAUUCCACGGAGAUGGACCCCCGCCGCAAAAACAGAAAGACUCGUCGGCCUGUUGGAGCCCUUUCAGGAGUGGCCGCAGCUGCUGGACCCCCACCUGCAGACCCUUCUACCCCCUUUAGUUGAUGCUUUUCUGGCAUACCUGCUUAAGCACCGCGACCAAUAUGCGGCUAAGCCUGCAGGAUUGCAAGGCCAGAAGACGGCAUAUCCUCUCCCAAGAGCGAUCUGUAGGCUGCUUUAUACCUUUUGCAAAGUCCGUGGAGUCAAAGUCAUCAGUAGGUUCUUGAACAAUGAGCCCAAGUAUCUUGAUCCGCUCCUCCGGGCUUUCAUUGAAUGGGAUGCUGUCAAAGAUGAACCUGAGCUUGGCCUUGGGGACAUUCCCCUGCGACUGGUCUGGGAAGAGCGCUACGUGAUGCUGAUUUGGCUCUCACACUUGUUACUUGCCCCCUUCGACCUGGCUUCGAUGUCGUCGGAUGAUAUCCCGGUUCCUUAUGACAACCUCGGCACGUUAAAACAGAUGCCGACCCAGACACCAAUGGUUACUAAAUCUCUACUUUCGUUGGCGUUGAAUUAUGUUCACGUCUCGGGCAAAGAACGGGAAGCCGCUACCAUUGUCCUGGCACGACUGGUGCUUCGGCGUGAUAUGCAGGCGCUUGGGCUUUUGACUAACCUGACAGACUGGGCGUUUUCGCUCGUUCAGCCUGCAGGUAGUUCUGAUCCCCCUUCAGUCUACACGUGUAUUGGCGUGUUGUCUUUCAUUGCUCGCUUGGGUGCGUCCGGUCAGGUGGAUGACUUUGCUCCCCUGGUGUCGCCCGUCUUUGGACAGACGCUGCAAAUUCUGCAGGGCAACUCGGCGGUCUCUGACGUUAUCAAGUCUUCUGCUCUGGCACGGAAAACUAUCAUCAAAAUCUUGCGUACUGUAACAGUCAUGGCCUUGUCUCUCAGUGAGAGGGAAGACAAUGCAAUCUCGGACGACCAGAUUUCUACAAUUUUGGAGGAUGCAAUUGAUCACUUCCUCGUAGCACUUGCUGAUAAGGAUACCCCUGUGCGCUUCGCGGCGAGCAAGGCCCUGAGUAUCAUUACUUUGAAGCUGGAUCCAGAUAUGGCUGUGGAAGUCAUCGAGGCUGUUACCGGCUCAUUGGAGGAGAACAUUCUGUAUGAGAAGCCGAACGGUACCAUCGUGACACCGCUGGAGGCUCGGAGGAUAGGGAUCAACACGCUCAAACGGAAUUUGAGCGCAGUCGACGCUCAAAGGUGGCAGGGUCUGAUCCUGACGCUCGGCCAUCUCCUGUUUCGCCGGGCGCCUCCUACCCAUCAACUUGGCGAUGUACUUCAACCACUUGUUUCGGGUCUUGACUUCGAACAACGGUCAUCAACUGGAAGCUCUGUUGGAACAGGCGUGCGCGAUGCCUCGUGUUUCGGAAUUUGGGCGCUGUCCCGCAAGUAUACCACCCAGGAACUGCUUGCCUUGAAACCGCAGACAAUCAGCACUGCCGCAGCCCAAGGUGAAGGAGAAAGUACAUUGCAGAUGCUGGCAAUUGAGCUGGUGUGUGCCGCGUGCGUCGAUCCGUCUGGAAACAUUCGGAGAGGUGCUUCUGCAGCAUUGCAAGAGCUCAUUGGGCGUCACCCCAACACAAUUGCCGAAGGUAUAUCGCUUGUGCAGGUUGUGGAUUACCAUGCGGUUGCUCGGCGCUCGCGGGCAAUGAUCGAUGUUGCCAACGCUACCGCUGCUCUCAGCCUCCAUUACUGGAGCCCCCUUGUCGAAUCAUUGAUGCACUGGCGAGGUAUUGGCUCGCCAGAUGCAGAGUCCCGCAGGCAUGCAGCCAAAGCGAUCGGAGUUUUGAGUACGCAGCAGUCAUACAAAACAAUGGCACAAGUGUUCCAGCGGCUGCUGAAUAGGUUAUCCAGUAUCCCACAUAGUGACGUGGAGACUAGACAUGGCUGUCUUUUGGCCAUUGCGGCUACGGUUGACGCAUUCAACGCCCAGCGUGAGAGGGAUCCCGGAGAUGCAUCGGACGCAACGAGUGUCGCGCAUCAUGUGGUCAAGGCCUGGGAGAUAUUUGGCUCUUCGCUCGGGCCAACCAAAGAUGACCUCACCCUUCAGACUUUCCGGCCCGAGCUGACAGCGGAGGCCUCUUCUCAGUUGAUCUGCUCUCUUGCCAAAUCAGUUGCUCUGGCACGUGAACCGCGAAUCUCUCAACCCUCAGUGGAUUUGCUUACCAAGGCCCAAGAAACACUCUUGUUAUGCAUAUCACGGAGCGAGGAUACCUCUAUCGAGAGCUCAUCCAAUGCAGUAUCCGAGCUUCUACCACUUUUGCCACUUGACGAACAGGACAAGAUGAUCCAGGGGUGGUUUUCACACAUUCAUACUACUUGGAACCUGCCAACGGGUCGCGGUCAGAUCACGGCCCUGGGUACGGUGUUCAAACGGAUUGGCAAGAAUAGUCCUCUCAGGAAAUCUAUUAUAGACAGCAUCAUAGAAUGUGCAGAAAAAGAAGAACUAAUCGAGAAGAGAGUGGCCGCUGUCAGGAGCUUGGCUACCGGUGUUCUGCCGCAUAUAGAUGUAACCGAUGACAUUCUGAAUCACCUCGUCCGGUUCCUAAAUGAUUAUACAACCGAUAGGCGAGGAGAUAUCGGGUCUUUGAUACGGCUUGAAGCGAUUCAGGCCGCAAAGUCUGUCCUAGAUGCAGGAUCGAGACUCACCAAUCAAGUACAUGGGGUGCAAAAUAUCAUUGGGUGCCUUUGCCGACUUGCAGCGGAAAAGCUCGACAAAGGCUACUGGGAAACAGCCAAUGGCUUCCCCCCGUUGAUUAGGAAAUACGACCACUUCAGUCAUGUAUCAUCAGCGGAGUAUCUGCUGCAACUGCUCCAGUUGCAGAGUAUUGAUUGGCUGCGCCAGCCUCUGUUUCAAGGCCUUGCAACUUCUGCCGUUGCGGGUAGCGAAGGACUGAUUCGGUCAUCUCGCUCAGCUCUGGUACAGAGUAUCCAAGAAGCAGAGGAUCCACAGACUGCAGUAUUGGCCAUGAUCAAGGACUUGGCCGCCAUAUUGGGCGAAUAUCUUCAGGAUGAUCGAUUCGCGAUCCCUGUGCUCGAGCUCUUAGCAUUCCUACUGGAUAGCUUUGUUACUUCUGUGCCCGAUGACUCGGCCCCAAGUCUGCGGAAGCUAUUCGUCCUCAUCCAAAGAGCGCACUUUAAGUCGUCAAACAUUGCCCGACUCGAAGCGGCAGUCCGAGCUUAUGCGCCUUUAUCGAGGAUAGAGCAGCUACAUACGGAAGUGAUCAAGAAAAUGACGGCGCUGUUGCUGCAUCCGUUCCCUAGGGUACGCAACACUGUGGCCGAGUAUAUAUUCAUGGAGACGGGGAUUGAAGUAGUUAAGAUGGAAGACUGGUCCAAACCGACCAAGCAGUUGAAAGAGCCGGUUGAGAAGGUGAGGGAGAAGCUGGGUUGGUACUCCCCACAAACGCACAGCAACAAUGGCGACCAUAACAGCGCCCACCCCGAUACCCCCCAACUGCACGUCCGCAACCUAGAAGAGCGCAUCAAAGUCGACCAGCUAAAAGAAGCCCUGGAAGAGAUCUUCUCCGAAUACGGCACGGUACUUGAAAUCGUCGCGAAAACGAACCUCAAGGCAAAAGGACAGGCGUUUGUUGUGUUCGACACCGUGGAGGCGGCGACCCGCGCCAUCGAUGAAAUCAAUGGCUUCGAACUCUUCGACAAACCGAUGGUGUUGGAUUACGCGAAGACGAGAAGUGAUAUGACGGUGUUGCGUGAGGGCGGAGAGGAUGAGCUAGAGGCGCAUAAGAGACGGAGGUUGGCUGAGAAGGAACGCAAACAAGCGCACGAAGCCCUCGAAGCUCAGAAAAAGCUCAAGCGACCCCCCGGUGCUCCUACGGAACCUGGCCGUCCUGCGAAAACCGCCAAGGGCGCUGGUCUCAAGCCUACCAGUGGGGCUGCGGCGGCGGUUAUUCCGGACGAGUAUCUGCCCCCGAACAAGAUUCUCUUCUUGCGCGACUUGCCCGAUACUGCGGAUCAGGACAGUCUGACGGCUGUGUUCGGUCGGUUCGAAGGAUUCCAGGAGGUUCGGUUGGUGCCCGGACGCAAGGGUAUUGCGUUCGUCGAGUACGAGAACGAGUCUGGGGCUAUCAGUGCCAAGGAGGCGACGUCGGGGAUGCCUAUGGGAGAGGCUGGGAAGCCGAUUCGGGUUACUUACCAGAGACAAUGA